UAUAGUAUGUUUUGUGGAAGAAAUCUGUCUGUGUCGCUUUGCCCAAAAGAAAAGGGCAGUGGCGCAGUUCCAAAUUAAAAAAUAGAAACAUUGAACUGAAACUGAACAAAAUUCAAGAUGACUUUGCUCGACAAAAUACCGGAUAGCACCUGGUUUUUCUGUUUUCCUAUGUCAUUAGCAGUUUUCUGCAUAACUUGCUUGGGCAUCAUACACCCGUUCCUAUGGAUUAAGGUGAUGAAGGUGUAUCGCAGUGAGCUGUUCGUGUUUAUGUAUGUGCUUAUCGUGUUCUGGGCCGUGCUUAGCGUGGCGUUGAUGUACGCUAUAUAUGCGGAGUCUCACUGUAUCUACUCGUUCUGGAUAUGGUACACGCUGGUGUUCGGGCUUCUGAUGGCCGGGCUCAUGUUUCUGCUGUUUUGCGGUUUCUGCGUGCUCGCCAUGCGCCGAAAGUCCGUCGUGGCGCUGAUAGGCUGCGUUUAUUAUCUAGUGACCGUGUACUUCGUGGUGGUGGUAAACAAGCAGCGGAAGGAGGUGUUCGGGCUAGCGGCCACCUGCCACUCGUGCGCGAUCAAACAUGUCUUCCCCAACCCGGACGCCUCGAAACAGCACAUGAUGACUACUAUUAUGCAAACGAUCCAGCCGCCACCGCUCGUGACUGAUAAUUUUUCUAGGAAAUCAAGAACGCCUAGCCCGGUUACGACGCCGAUACCUUCAACCACACAGUACUAUGGAACACGAUACGUGCAGCUUGCUGAGAACCACAGUUGGACCUCACCGUAUCUCCUCGAUUACACACAACCAAAAUACGUGCAGCUUGCCUCAGAGCAUAACGUGUACGAGCUCUCGCUGCCCGAUCAUCGACCUUCGCCGAAUAUACACAACGUAUACGACGACCGACGCAGAAGGCCGCCCACGGCGGCGUUCACCAACAUGGUGAGGAAUAGCAUGCCGAUGGCUGCGUUUAGGGCACACGGCGGCGGAGACGACAGAGGUGAACACUGGCAACCCACAGCUCAACAAUUGCAACAAACGGCUGAACAAUGGCAUCACACAACCGCAAACAGAAUGUGGACACAUGGACGCACUUACGACGCCCAGACCAUGCCACAUACGACGCUUAGCGACCGCGUCGAGGCUAUCGCCAGGUUAUCCGAACUGCUGAUAAAUAGCAACGAAUGUCGCAAGCCCCGGAAGCCAGCGCACGGGCGGUUCCAGGCCAGUGGACGACGCAGCGCCCACCUGAAGCUGACCCUCCACUGUGAUCCUGGGUACAGGGAGAGCUCUGUGGCUACAGAGUGCAAGUUCAACUGGUGGGACAGGCCCAUACCUCAGUGCAGGAAGCGCAAGGAACCCGGCCCCCUCCCGCACCCCGGUGGCGGCUGCAUCCUGCCCGGCUACCCGGCUCACGGGGAGUACCGCGUGGCUGACCACGCGCGUGCGCGGCCCGGAGACUUGGUGACGGGCGACAAUGUGGUCCUGCUGGUGACCUGUGAUGAGCCUUAUCGAGCUGUGGACCCGUAUGUCAUCUGUGUGGAAGGACGGUGGAGACAUGGGCCACCGACUUGCUUAAAGCACUGCAAGCUGGUCUUCGAUCCGACCGUCGAGUACCGAUGUUUCAAAGCGUUCAAGGACGAGUUUCUAGCCUGCAGCACUUGGCAGCCGGACGGCACGGUGGUUACCGCCGCCUGCCGACCCGGCCACGCGCACAGAGGCCCAUUCCGCUACAUGCGGUGCCGUGGGGACACCUGGGACCACGCCGUGUCGUGUCUGCCCAAUUCCAACUUCACUGAGCAGCUGUGAACGGUGCCAAGCAUGGCUUAGUGGCUUUAUUGGGCGUGCAUCGGAGUGGAGCGUACGGCGUGAAUGUCAACCAAUAGGCCAGUUUCCUGCUAGUCAAAUCAGCUUCUUUUUAAGUAGC